AUGGCCCAGGACCCCAGCACGUCUCUCAGCCCGCCCCCAUCCCCCUGCACCGUGCUCCACCGGUUCUCCAGCGUGGCGCAGUGCAUGCGCUCGCGGUACAGAAACGGCUUCACCACGGGGUUCUGCUGCGCCACUUGCCUUGCCAGCCCCGCCACCCGGAUGGCAUACGCCAGCGCCAUGCCCACGUCCUCCUUGGCGCACCGCCCUCUGCCGCCGCCCGCCAGGCUGGCGAGGCAGCGGCGGAGGCGGCGGCGCGUGGGGGAGUGGAGCCCGUGCUCCGGGAAGAAGCACCGCCACCGCGCCUCAGGGCCCUCCCCUGGACACGGGCAGGUGGAGAGUGGGAGGGGCAGGCAGGCGGGCUUGAGGGAGAGGUUGGGGGGCAGCAGGGCGUGCAAGGGGCAGCAGGGCGUGCAAGGGGCAGCAGGGCGUGCAAGGGGCAGCAGGGCGUGCAAGGGGCAGCAGGGCGUGCAAGGGGCAGCAGGGCGUGCAAGGGGCGGCAGGGCGUGCAAGGGGCAGCAGGGCGUGCAAGGGGCAGCAGGGCGUGCAAGGGGCAGCAGGGCGUGCAAGGGGCGGCAGGGCGUGCAAGGGGCGGCAGGGCGUGCAAGGGGCGGCAGGGCGUGCAAGGGGCAGCAGGGCGUGCAAGGGGCAGCAGGGCGUGCAAGGGGCAGCAGGGCGUGCAAGGGGCAGCAGGGCGUGCAAGGGGCAGCAGGGCGUGCAAGGGGCGGCAGGGCGUGCAAGGGGCGGCAGGGCGUGCAAGGGGCGGCAGGGCGUGCAAGGGGCGGCAGGGCGUGCAAGGGGCGGCAGGGCGUGCAAGGGGCGGCAGGGGCGACCUUUAAGGCAGUCGGGGUCGGCGGAGAUGUUGUGGAUGGCCACGAGGCGCUGCGCCACCUUGCGCAUGAAGAACGUGCCGCUCACAUCCCGCAUGUCUGGGGGGAGGGAGGGGGGGAGGAGUGUUGCCUGCCAGCCAGCCCGUGGGGGGAAAUGUGUGGUGGUCUGGACGCACAACCCCCUACCACUUCCUGCAACCCCUCCCACUUCUCCCCCUCUUUCCAUCCCCUUAAACCCUGCAUGCACGGCGAGCAGGGCGAGCAGGUUGGCGCACCGGGGAGGAAGCCGCCGUCCAUGAUGCAGCGCUUGGCGGCGGCCGUGGGCAGCAGGCGGGCGAGCGCGUCGCACUGCAUGGCCACCGCCUGUGCGCCCGCUGAGCACCCCGCCACCACCACCCGCUGCGCGCCCUGCAUCCCCCUCGCCACCCGCAUGUCUGCUCCCAGGGAAGGGGGGAGAUGGGAAGGAGGAGGAAGUAAGGGUGUUGGAGAGGAGUGA